AUGCACCCGGAAAACCUUUUGCAUCCACCCUCUAACCAAAACGAGCGGCUCUUCAAAUUUACCAUCCUCACUCCACACACAUUUCUCCCACCGAACCACUCUGAAAGUCUUGAGGAUGAAUUGGCUGAAGAAUUCGCCCAAUUUCUGUGUGACCGAGUGUCUACUGUUCUCGGCGAAAGGUCAUACACACCACAUCAUGAUGGCGAGGCCUUUCUGAACAUGCGCUUUAGUGAUUUCGAAGAGAGGUUCUUACGACACUCGGAUUACACAAUUUUCAUUACGUCUGGUUCAAACGCUGCAUGCCUUGAUCUUAUCUACCCUCGAAUGCUUGUCUUCCUUACUAUUAGACCUACCUGGCGUAAUCGUGGGAUUGUGCUCUACGUAGGUCCACCGGUAGGACAAAAGAUAUUCGAUAAAGAUCUUUUUGCCAAUGAACCGCUCACCUUUCCCCUGAACAAGGAGGAAUGGGGUUCCCCUGAAAGUCCGUGGGAUAAACUUAUGGGAACACUUCAGACUAAAGUUCCGUUAACUCCCGAACCGAAAAGAUCGAGACCGUCUAAACAAAAGCCACCAGUUAAAAUGCCAGGCGCGGAAGCCAAUGACAACAGGAAGACUAUGACUUCAAUGCCUCUUAACCAAUCAAAGGACGAAACAAAGGCACCAAUCCAAAGCGAAGUUUAUGGCACGCAACUACCUUGCUGCGCUCCUGAGUACAUUAGGUCUUCCAAAACGGGAUUUCCCACAUCACAUUUCGUGCAUUCCUCAUCUGCGUUUUCCUUUCGGUCCCAUUUUCGUCAACAGAAACAUAAUUUGAAUGACUAUCGGAGUUCUUCACUCAAUGAUAUGUGUCUAUUUGGAAAUUUCAUUCGUUGUCAGAACAAGAAGCCCCGCGCAAAGAAGGAACAACAACGACGGUACUCAGAUUCCGCGGUGACUGGAAAUGAAGAAUACAAAAAUGCUGAUUACUUCUGUUUUCCCAGUCGAUUCAAAAUGAAAAAGAAAAAGCGGCUAAUGACUGAACCAACACCUAGCCAACAAAUGGAACAUAUAAUCGUGAAAACACCAGAAGCAGUUCGUGUCAGCAUUCCAGAAAUUAGCAGUUCCCUUCAACCAAGGAAAACAUUACAGACUUACACUCUCCAGGUCAAGAUUGAUGACGAUUCGUUGGAUAAGAGAAAUUCUCCUUACAGUACCCUUUCCUCUCCGCCUUGUAAGAAAAAGGCAAAUACGUUCGGCAAUGGUCGAAGGUUAAAAUUACGAUGCGAUUCGGGUAUCGCAAGCAACCUCAGUUACCUUUCUACAGACAUCAGUUCUUCUUCUCCUAGCCUCUACAAUCCUCACCAAUCAACUUCUCUUGCAACAUCACCAUCCACUGUCUUCUCCUCCUCUUCUCCCUCCUGUUUGGAUCAUUUUGAAACCAGUCAGAAUCGACUUCGUUUGCAAAAACGCAGUCUAGAUGCCUCUCUAAUGCAUUCCACGAAUUCCACGAAUAUAGCUACAAUAUAUGGCUCUUUAAAAUUCGUUGACGAUGAGGAUCCUGACAAUGAAGUCAUUUACGCAGAGAGAAGGAGAGCAAAAGAAAAGGAAAUUUUUGUUAGGCCGGGAAUGUCUCCAUUAACAGCCCAGAAAGCAUGCGAAACAGUGGCCAAGAAAGACCGAAUUUUGCGCCCACAAAUUAUGAAUCCUGACUCAAAGGCGUCUUCGGUAUCAAUCGAAGAUCCAACUUUGACUGAAGACUACGAAGUUGAGUUACCAGAGGAUUUCUCCAUGCGCAGUGAUGUCGGUGUCAUUCAAAGUUUUGAAGAGCAGAUAAACCAAAGGAGUAAUGAGGCCCGAGAUAUGCAGGACGUGAAUAGCACCCACUUUGACAAAAGGGUUACCCAGAAGACCUACCCACUGACAUUGACGGAAAAUACAGAUUUGCAGAAAGUACAAAAUUUAGAGCAUGAACUUUUGCAGGGUAUGCAACUAGAUGAACAAAUUCCCCAGGAAUGUUGCCUAAAAAAUGGGGCAGGAGGCAUGGAUCAAAAGGACGAGGAAUAUGCUCUUGAGUCUAGAGAUAUUAGACUUGUUGAAACAAAUUUACAGGAAGAAUUUGUUGCCGAUCGAGGUAACUCUAUACAUAACAUGCAGAGUAACCCUGAAAACAAAGUAUUACAGAAGAGCAUCGAAGUCUUUCCUAAUGAAGCACUGAUUUCAUCCCCUGAGAAAAAUAAUUAUAAAAAGGCUCCUAUCUUUUGCAGUCAGAAUAGUCUCGAAAACAAAGAUAAAUGCAUGAUUAAACAAACGCCCUUACUUGAUGAAAAUUUGCAGCUACCGGAAAUCAUAAAUAAUCAACUGCAGGAACAAUCUAUAUCCAUGAAUGAGUCAAUGCAACCUUCGAUGAUCGUAUUGAACGAUCAAAAUCCAACUGUUAAACAGAUUGACAAUAAAGAUAAACUACUCAUUAUGGACAAAGAAGAUUCUAUACCGGAAAAAAAACAAGCAUUAAAACCCGAUGAGGAGCAUUCUGAAAUCCACGAGUCCAUCGAUUCCGGCUUAGAGGAUUCCAGCAAAACGGUAGAAGCAUCAUUGCGUGCACAAAGUGGCUUGCUGAUGACUGAGCAAGCAGAAACUUCGAAAAAUGGUUUUCCAUCGGAAGAAAGUAUUGCACCACCCACUGACAAAUCUUUCACUAACGUCACAGAUGAGCCGGCUUUGCAAGAGAAAGCUAAUCCAGGGUGUCAAGAUGAUCCUUUACAAAAUCUUUUCGAUCAGAGGCUCCAAAUUGAGUCAAUCACAGUGGCAAGAGCAGAUUGUAUUGAAAGCCAUUCACCCAUAAUUCCAGGUGAGAAUGUAGCGGCCCUCUGUCACCAACCACUUCCAGGAGGCGACUUGGAAGGCCACGUCUUACCGGGACAGCUCGGAUUGGAUGAUGACGGGAUGGAAGCAGAACGAGAGAUUUACGUCCAACAAACUCCAAUAAACUGUGAAUUGCUUGCUCCUAAAGAAGUCAUGCUGAAUGAAAAGUCAGACUCCCUCGAAAUUAGUUUGCCAGGUUCCGACGGCCGUAACCUUGGUCGUGCUUUGCAGGAAAAUGUAUGUCCUAAUCCAAUUCGCCGCUCAAUAUCUUUUGACCGAAAUUGUUUGAAUAAUGCUUCAAGUCGAGAAGCUUGCAAGGUUCUGCGCGAGAUGCUGGAAGGCCCCACACCUGAAACCCUUCAGCUUAUUCAUUGCGCUGUUAAAACCUAUGACCAAUGUCCCAGCCUUGCAGAUUCGGUUACCCUAACGAUUGCCUCAGCUCUGACAAUGAAAUCGUCUGCUGCCAAAGAAAAGGAGUCGGCUUGUCUUCGAAGAAUGUUUCCAUGCAUUUCUAUUGCCAUUCUCAAUCUGAUUUCCAUUCAGAGUUUUGCGUUCUUACUUGACUCUGAGCAUCGUGUUGCUGAAAUUCUAAACAAGUUCUUGCGGCAUCAGUCAGAAUCCCAGAAAGAGCAUCCAGACAGUCAUCUGCGAGAGUUAACAAUGACAAUCCAAGAAGCCUUUCUAAAUCAUCCCCUGGGUGUGCCCGUCUUGCUGGCUGGUACGACCCUCUUAUCGCCGUGGCUGUUGCGCCAUUUCCCUCUCACCCUCAUGACGAUUUGUGCAGGGAUUCCUGGUACUCUACACCGCCUCCUGACCCAUCCCAGCGCCUUUAUUGCAGAGCAUUUCACUGACCUCUCUGAGGUUUCCCAUGCUACGCCCACAUGGACGAUUUUUGCCGCCAUUGGUAGUCGUGGUUUCCGUUGGCGACUUGUCCGACCCUCAUGA